AUGGAUCGGCCGACACACCGGCUCUACAGGUCGGACGCCGAGAUAAUGCGACUGGAACUGUUAGGCGAGACGGCUGCACCGGUUUACCGGCAGAUCUGGCUGCCAAAUUAUGCGGACCAUGCCUUCCGGUCUGCCAUGGCGAUCGUGGACGCGGCUCCGGUUCAACCGGCCACUGGUACUGUCAGCGGACAACGUCAUCGUCGAUCCGUCUGUGGUCCUAACGCCAUCGUCAACACCGGAAUUCCUGCGGAAACUAGAGGACUGCUAAGUCCUGGCUGGACUCGAGGAGGCGGUGGUUUUUCACCAGGAACGUUGAGUUGCCGUCGGAACUGGAACCGGGAACAGCUGGCGGCGUCUGCAGCCCCGACGGAACGCGGCGGCGAACCUCGCGCCGGAAGCCAAGGGUCGUCGUCGCACGUUCUAGCUGGACAAAGCAAUUUGUCCACCGCAUGUUUUGUUUCUAGUCGGUCAUGGCUAGCUUAUGUAGGUAGGUACAUAGAUCAGUUUAAGAUAAUGUAG